CUCUCUCUCUCUCUCCAACCAUUCAAAAAGGUUUGGUUGGGUUUAUAUCCACAACACUUCCUCUUUUCUCUACUUCUUCUGUUGCAGCAAUGGUUUCUCUGCCAACACUCCUCUUAUUGUUCGCCGCCUCCGCCGCCGCGAUCUUCCUCCAUCGCGCGUUCAGCCGGCGGAAGUUUCGGCUGCCGCCGGGGAGCUAUGGCCUGCCGUUCAUUGGCGAGACGCUGCAGCUGAUAUCUGCGUAUAAGAGUUCCAAUCCGGAGCCGUUCAUGGACGAGCGCGUGAGGCGCUACGGCUCGAUCUUCAUGACGCACGUAUUCGGCGAGCCGACGGUGUUCUCGGCGGACCCGGAGCUGAACCGGUUCAUUCUGCAGAACGAAGGGAAGCUGUUGGAUUGCAGUUACCCCGGUUCCAUAUCGAACCUGCUCGGAAAACACUCUCUUCUGUUGAUGAAAGGCGCUCUGCACAAGAGAAUGCACUCGCUCACCAUGAGCUUCGCCAACUCCUCCAUCAUCAAGGAUCACCUUCUCCACCACAUCGACCGCCUCAUCGGCCUCAACCUCGAUACCUGGUCCGAUCGUGUUACUCUCAUGGACCAGGCAAAAAAGAUAACGUUUGAGCUAACAGUGAAGCAAUUGAUGAGCUUUGACCCUGAUGAAUGGACUGAGAGUUUAAGGAAAGAGUAUGUUCUUGUCAUUGAAGGCUUCUUCACUCUCCCUUUACCUCUCUUCUCCACCACAUACCGGAGAGCCAUCAAGGCAAGAACAAAGGUGGCAGAGGCACUGACGUUGGUAGUCAGGCAGAGGAGAGAAGAGUAUAACCAAGGGAAAGAGAAAAAGAGUGACAUGCUAGGGGCACUGUUGGCCUCCGGUGACCACUUUUCCGACGACCAAAUAGUCGAUUUCUUGUUGGCUUUGCUCGUCGCCGGUUACGAGACCACCUCUACCAUAAUGACUCUUGCAGUCAAGUUCCUCACUGAGACUCCUCUGGCUCUGGCACAGCUCAAGGAAGAGCAUGACCAAAUCAGAGCAAGGAGUGACCCCGGGGCUCCACUGGAAUGGACAGAUUACAAGUCAAUGGUUUUUACCCAACAUGUUGUGAAUGAGACCUUGAGGGUGGCAAACAUAAUUGGUGGGAUAUUUAGAAGAGCAACGACAGACAUCGACAUAAAAGGUUACACUAUUCCUAAGGGAUGGAAGGUCUUUGCAUCAUUUCGUGCUGUACAUCUGAAUCCUGAAUAUUACAAAGAUGCACGCACCUUCAACCCCUGGAGAUGGCAGAGUAACUCAUCGGAAGCAGCAAACCCUGCAAAUGUUUAUACACCUUUUGGUGGAGGGCCACGGUUGUGCCCUGGUUAUGAGCUAGCCAGAGUUGUACUUUCUGUCUUCCUUCACCGCAUUGUCACCCGCUUCAGCUGGGUUCCUGCUGAGGAAGAUAAGUUGGUGUUUUUCCCAACAACCAGGACGCAGAAGAGGUACCCUAUUAUUGUCAAGCGUAGAAAUGCAAACCAUGUAUAGCAACAUGAGAAAUUAAGACCGUAACAGGUAGACAAGACACAGAGGAAGCUCAGCGUAGAUCAAUUUAAUAAGUUCAUCUUCAUCAUAUAUGAAUAAAUUAUUAAAUUAUAUUUCACUUUUA